CUUACCAUUUUCCCAGUUACUUUCCUUACCUAACGCUGCUACUCCUUUUCAUACAUAUAAAUAAUCACAAUUUUGUCCAUUCUUCCAACUACACCCACAACCAAAGGCAAAGUCCAGAGCUUUUAAGGCGCUGUGCUUGGAUUCAAACAUGCCCAGUUUCAUUUUUUAUUCUAAAAUCUAACGUUGGAGGUAAAUCCUCCUCUUCGUGUCUGAUUCGGGUGAAACAUCCUAUUGGUGGUUUUGAAAUACUGAGUGGAAGAAUUUGAUAUUGGGGUUAUGGAUCAGGCAAAAAGCAAAGGCAGUGGUGAGAUUUUGGAUCAUGUCGAUGAAAGGGUGGAUGAGGAUUUUAACCAAUUGGUUGAAGGAAAUGCAAUUGAUGCAGGAGGUGGACAUAGCUUGGGUGAAGGAGUUAAUGUAAGUGGGGAAGAUGGGACUUCAGAAGAGAUGUGCAAUGAUCUUCGAUUGAAUAGGGAGCUAAAGGAGGGGUCUCAAGAAGUUAAUGAUCAGAACAUGGGUGACCCACAAGAAAUUAAUGAUACAUUGCAUGGGGUUGAUCAAGGAACUAGUUAUAGUUCAAGAAAUUUGGUUAGUUGGGAAGUACCCGAGACUUGUGUUGUAGUAGAUCCUUCUACUCAGAUUGAGUGUGUCAAUGGAGAUAAUAGGAAAUUGGAAGCAAAACCUAAUGAAUCAGGGUUGAACAAGGUGUCCAUGAAAGUCACAAAUGGGGUGUCUGAGACAGAUAAAAAUUCAUGUGUGAUUGAUAUAAACUGUCACAGCUGUGAUGGGUUUAGUGAGAAUUUGGAAGGUGAAAUGAUUUGUAGGAUUUGCCAUCUGGCCUCUGGGCAACCAUUGGAAGCAGCAGAUGUUGGCACUGCAAGUAGUGCUACUACUAAUACAGAUUUGAUUCAGCUCGGUUGUGCAUGUAAAGAUGAGCUAGGGAUUGUGCAUAGUCAUUGUGCAGAGGCAUGGUUCAAGCUUAAAGGAAACAGGUUGUGUGAAAUAUGUGGUGAGACUGCAAAAAAUGUUUCGGAUGUUACGGAUAAUGGAUUUAUUGAAGAGUGGAAUGAUACUAGAUUCAUGGACAGUGAUAAUACCUCAUCCAGAAGGUUUGGUGGAUGCUGGCGCGGACAACCAUUUUGUAACUUCUUAAUGGCAUGCCUGGUAAUAGCUUUUGUUCUACCAUGGUUCUUCAGGGUAAAUAUGUUCUAGUGGAGGAGUCAAAUACUAUUCUUCCCUUCAAAUCUUUAUCCCUGCCUAAAUGAUGAGUGCAUCAUUGGCUCCUUGCAUAUUCUUUUUCUGAAGGGGUGGUAAUGCUUAACCAUGACCAACUUCACAUUUCUCUGGGUAUGUAGUUCCCUGAAGCCUUGAAAUUUGGUUGUAAAGAAACUUACCAACUUGGCAAGUUGCGAUCAAAUUGUUUCCUAGUUGCAUUCUUUUAAUUGGAGUGCGUGUGGUGUACUGAGAUAUAUAUAACAGCGGGAUCCAUUUUAUAAAGGAGUAAAGCAAAGAAGAUAAUUUACUGUUUCCCAAAAGCAUAAAUGUUAUAUUAGAACUUAGAAACAGCACAUUAUUCGCUGUAAAACAAUCAAACAAAAAGAGCCUCUCCUUGAUUUUCCUUC